UAGUCUAUCACUUGUUCUUGCUCUGGUGACACAGAAGCCGCCGCUGGGUCCGAGCGCUUGGAUUGUAGAGUUCAGCAUUAGCCGCCGCCGGGCUCCGGGAUUACAGGAAUCAUGGAUUGAAACUUACUGCUUGGCUACAACUUUUUGCUCCGUGCACAUUGUUGGAUCUGUUACCGCUGCGUCUUUUGGAGAGCAGGGGCUGUGGAUUCAUGGAGUGACCCCGGCUCCCCGGCUCUGAAGAUUUACACUCACCCCUGGGAGUGGGGGGUCCUCGGCUACAGCACACUAUCGGGGGCUCCUCUGCGGAUGUUACUGGGAACCAUGUACUUUCUGUUCUCUUGGAUAUACUGGGGCUUACUGGUGUAUAUCUCCUCUGUCCAGUUCUCCUGGGCGGCCCCCACUCAAGAAAAAGAGCACAAACCCACAGAAGUGGUGUCGUUCAUAAACGUCUACGAGCGCAGCAUGUGUCAGGUGCGGGAGACCUUGGUGGAUAUCUACCAGGAAUACCCCGACGAGGUGGAGUUCAUCUUCAAACCUUCUUGCGUAGCCCUUAUGAGAUGUGCAGGAUGCUGCAGUGAUGAGAAUUUCGAGUGCGUACCCACAGAGUGGUACAAUGUCACCAUGCAGAUCUUGAGGAUGAGGCCUCACAUGAGUCAGCUGUAUGUGGAAAAAAGUUUUCAGCAGCACAGUCGAUGUGAAUGCAGACAAAAGAAAGAAGUUAAAGGCAAACAGGAAAAAAAAGCAAAACGAGGGAAGGGCCAUAAACGAAAGCGCAAGAAAAUCCGGUACAAAUCGCACCGCUUUCAUUGUGAGCCUUGCACAGACACAGAGAGGAGAAAACACUUGUUUGUCCAAGACCCCCAGACCUGUAAAUGUUCCUGUAAAAACACAGACUCACGUUGCAAAACGAAGCAGCUUGAGUUAAACGAAAGGACUUGCAGGAGAGGUAAGAAGCCUAGAGCAGCCCAGCCGUAUGCGGCCCCCUAUUCUGCUGACCUCGCUCACUAACAUGUGCUCUGCCACCCCCGUGCACCAAAAUGUGAAAAACCGCGGCGGUGAAACGAGGAGAGCGUCUCCCUAAAAAGAGACAAAAUGGAGUGAAAAUGAAGGAUCGAAACUCGGCACAGCACUUUGGUUCUCAUGCAUUCCGUGUCCCUAAGGAGGGAAAGAAAAGCUGUAUUAUUCAGUAAAUGCCAUUUCUCCUUCUCCUUAUCAAAAUUGAUGCUGCUACACAUCGAGAGCCAGAACAGCGGGGUCAUAACUUUUUUGGAUUCUUAUAAAUAUAUUAUUAUAAUUAAAUAUAGAUAUAUAAAUAUAUAUAUAUAUAUAUAUAUAUUUGUGUGUGUAUAUAUAUAUAUAUUGGAUUUUUCUUAACAAACUAGUAAUUUACUGGACUUGGUCACCAACCGAAAGUUUUUUUUUUUUAACCUAACGUACGCGAGGUAUAGCAACUCAGCUGACGCUAACCUCUAAUAAUAUUAAUUUUUCUGGAUCAUAAUCUGUUCUCGCUAAUUUUCUGCUAAACCAAUACUUACGAGGCAAACACAUAAAAAAUGUUCAGAACAAAGGUCAAAGAAGCCCUGCUGAGAUGUUCUGGAUCCUAAAGCUGCAUAACUCGAUCCUUCACAAACCGCGCCCUGUGCCCUCUGCAGAUAGAAAGACUCAUUGAGGAAAUGGAGACUGAUCGGUGCCAUAGGUUGGCCAGAGACAACGUCAUUGUAUAGCCUUGCCCAUCAUGCACAGUUUCUGCCCCUGAGGAACUUUUGUUUUUGGCAUCUAAUGUCGACAUACUGGUGUGUGUGUAUGGAUUUGGGUAUGUUCGGUAUUCAGAAACAGAAAAGCUUUCAGGAAAAAAAAGAUGUCUGACUUUAUUUCCAGUGGACAUUGCCCUUUCUUAAUGAUGUGACCUGUUGGCUCCAUUUUGUCAGGCAUAAGCUGAGCCAGUGCCAGUUGUAUCUCUGUGGUCUUAAAAAUACAACACUAAAAAAAAUUAAAGAUCUCGCAAAAGGACUGAGUCUGGACCAAAACCAAGGAGGUCACAAGAGAGGAAUGGUUCCGGAUUUGCAUGCUGACCUGGCGGUAAUCACUAGAAUCCAUUGGGACUUGUAUUCUCCCAGUGAGCAAUCGGCAUAUGACGUGAACUCUUGUACAUUGAACUCACCCCAGUGAGGAAGACUCACUCAUAAUGAGUGGAAAUGACUAUAUUAGGACUACGAAUCGCUCAAUGAGUGCAGCUUGCUGUUUAUUGAAUGAGACUUGUUUAUGUUGAGUGAGACUGCCUUCCAGUGGGUGAAUCCCACCCGAAAUAUAUAUAGAACCAGGACUGGCUUAGCAUGUCUGAGAAUUUGAAGCGAUCUGGUCCGAGCACCAAGUAUCUCAACCUAACAUUGCAAAGUCCUGGAUUUGCAGCUGGUGGAAUCACUAGAAUCUAUAACAUGUUCACUGUAGCCUUUGCCUAUGUAUCUCAUGUAUACACACACACACACACCUGUUCUAAGGUUCCACGUGCCUUGCAGCCUAGAAACAAGUGAGGCCCUUGCUCCUUCACCCUGAGACCCCAAGCUGUUUUCUGGUUAAAGGACUUUGGUGCCGAUGAAAGAUAAAAAAAAAAAAAAAUGACACAAAUAAAGGGUUGAUCCCUGCAUGAGGGAGUUGGCUCCUUUGCUGCUAGACUGUGUUAGAGUGAAAUCCCUGUGUACACUGCAAAGUUAUCUGGAAAGGGAGGGAGAGGGGUGGUCAUCAAUUUACCUGUGUGAGUGUAUGUGUGCUGUGGUCAAUGGUAUCCAGUUCAAGGCAGGGAAGCUAUUCGUUAUGUAGGAGAGUGCCCCAUAAAGAUGCAGGAGUAACUCCGCUAUUAGGCUCACACCUCUGGGGCUCUUACUCUAGUGCCAAAUUCAAACAUGGAGCAACUAUGUAUCAUAAGUGCCUUUUGUAGGAACUAAAGCACAUUGCAAGUCUACUGCUACUGAUGAAUAGGGUACUGGGAUGUUCGAAAUAAGCUCCCCCCAGCACAAACAGGGGUCUGUUCACACCUGCAGCUAUCUUGUCUGUCUGUGGAUACAGUGUGUGUAUGUGUAUACAUGGAUGCAGAGAGGUUCACCACACUUAUUUAAUGUCCCUUUUUUUUAUUUUUAUUAAAAACCUGAUAAAUUAAUUCAGAGUGCGGGAGGGUUCAGUAUUUCUUUUGUUAUAUUUAAGAUAAUUUAUACAAUUACAAAUACAAUAAUUGUCCAAUGUUUUUAUCCAUUCUUUUUGGUGGUUUCAUUUUAAUCUGUUCUUCAUGAGCCUUUGCUACCUUCACAGGAGGCCGAUAUGGAGGGGGCCCCUUCUCUUGCACUCAGAUUUUUAGAUACAUGUUUUUCUGCUUUCUCGAAUUUCUUUUUGGGUAAGCAGAGGCGCAGGGAACAGAAGGCCAAUGCUAUUCACUCAUCUUUCCUCUAGGGCAGAGGAUAAGUAGCUUGUGACGCUGGAUUCUGCUGCACAUCCAGAGACGCUCAGGAGCGACCUACCUGCUGCCUUUGCUCUAGAUAAAGGAUAACAUCUCCCAGCAGUACAGGUUGUCUGCAUCUCCAGCAUGCAGGUACCAUGACAGAUAAGUGUGUCACAUUAGCUGCUUCUGUGUCUCUGCUGCCUGUCCUGUGGAACCCAUCAUAUAGAGCAAUGUCUCGUCCCUUCACCCAGACAUGUCCCCAUGACUGCAGAAUCGGCUGUUCACAACAGUAAGGUCUGAAUGGCAGUAUUUAUUUUAUUUAUAGGAUAAAUGGCAUACUGUUAUGUGUCCGCUCCACCCGAGAACUACUUGUAGAACUGAGAAAUGCAUCAGGUGUAGAACCAAAUGUCUGUCCAUUACAAGGCUCACUUGUAUCACAGUCGCCCUCAGUCAGAUAUUCUAUUGUAAACUCCAACCUGUGUCACCCAUGCUGUAUUGCUAUCUUGGCCCAAUCCAGUUUAGGUUUAAGUAUUUAUGUGGACUGUGUAUGUUGGGGCAUUGCUGAUUUAGGAUUUUACUAUUUUGCACAUGUGAUCCAUCUUAUUCAUAUGUGCACAUGUGGUAAUGAUUGCCGAAAGGGCUCAACCUGCUGCAGAACACCCUUUGUAUAUUCCCUCGCUCCAUGGCAGCAUAACCAGACAGAUACAUUAUAUCUGUGAGGUCCAGGAGAUGCUGAGCUUUGUCAUAUUGGUGAAGGAAAGGAGUUGAUACACCCCCUCCACCCCAAGACCGGCGUGGAACAAUACACUGUACGUGGCUCUGGAAGGGAAAAGGUUCCACUUACCCCAUGUAACAUUAAGCAAUACAUUUUCUUACCUUUUUAGUCUUUCCACUGGAGUGAGAACAGAAAGGGUGUGUGUUUUCUGUAGCCCUUGCUCCACGUUCUUCCAUGUAGGUAAUCGCUAUCGGCUCUGAAAGAACAGGUCGCCCCCUUGUAGUUCUGUGGGCAAAAAUAAUAUAAUAAAUGGUUGUGUGCAGUGUAAAGCAGAACGGUCACAGGCACUGGAACCCAGAGGGGGCUGGAAAUACACGUAUAGAGCUUUAAACUAGACUUGUCAUGUCUGGGCUACUUCUGGUGACUGCAUCCACCAAGGAGUCUUGUGUCACUUUGGACGUCACUGAGGCAUCAGGUGCAAUACUGUUGAUGCCUUUUCUCUUUUAUGUUUUUUUUCUCUUCCAAGCAAACCUAUUGGCUUAAUAUUUGUUCCUCCAACCUGUGUUCAGGUGGCUGGUCCACUUUAAAAGUUAUGUUAUGGACUUAACCAUUCUCAGUGUGCUACCUUCAGAGACACCACGUAUCAAUCAGAUAUCCCAAUAUUAGUUUCCAACAUCCUCCCCUCAGAUGGCUGAUAUCUACUGGACUAGCACUGAAGAGUAUGGUGUGCUUCCUCCCCACUGACUAGAGCCGUGCUGUAAAGCUGCAUGUUGGCCAUUUAGCACUGUGUAAUCGUAUAAGCCAGUGUUCUUCAACCUGUGCCUCUUCAGCGGUUGCAAAACUACAACUUUCAUCUUGUCUCAUGUUGGGAAUUGUAGUAUUUCAACACCUAGAGGGAACACUGGUAGACAAGCCAUCACAAUCCUAGUGACAAUGAAGUCUAUACCACAAGGCCUCUGCCAGCCAAGGGUUUAAUAUAUGUAUAUCGAGCAUUAAGCAUAAACACUACAGGUUUCCUUCUUUUUGUAAAUAAAUUCAAAAACACAAAAAGUUAAUUCUGCCUAACAUUUUUUUAAAUUGUAAUAUGUGUUUUAUUUAUUGGUGCUAUCAUUUGUCAUUGUUGUGAACGCAGUCAUUAACACAUCUUUUUCUUUGCAGAUUAAAUAUUAUGUAGAAACAUAUUUAUUUUUUAAAAGAAAGUAUAAAGAUAAUGUUAAAAAUA